CAGAUCAGAGCUCCUAAAAGAAACUUAAUCAAUUCCUGAUGAAGUAGCAUAAAAUCGAAGAAAAUAUACUUCUCUGAUAACCAGUCUAAUCUCAGCGCAUGCGCAAUUGGGUAAUUCAGCCCAAAGUUCUCAUUUUCAGAAGAACGGCGGCCACAAGUAAACUCAAAAUAGCCUGUUUUCCAGUUUUCCGUCACAGAAUCACUCAAUUUUGUUUCCCAUUUCAUUUCCCAUCAUUUUAUGGCUACCCAACACAAAGAAAUGCUUUCUUAUCGAUCAAAACCUUCACAUCAUUGCCGGGUUUUUGCCAAUAUUCUGGUCCCCACCACCUGUUCGAUAAAAUUCCGCAGAGAGAAAUGUGCUUUCAAAAUGUUAGUUUUUCUCAUGUUCUUGAUCAAAUUAAGUUGUCUGCUGCGAAACCUACCCAUUUGAGUAAUGCGAAACUCCAUUGCUUAGCUUUGAAGGUUGGUUUUCUUACUUAUUUACCCAUUUGCACCUCAGUAUUAAUGGCUUAUUCUAAAGGUGGGUACUUUCAUUUUUCUAGAAAGUUAUUUGAGGAGAUUAUUCAUAAGGAUGUUAUAAUUUGCAAUGCGAUGAUGACUGCAGCUGUUGAAAAUGGUUACUUUGAAAUAACACUGAUAUAUUUUCGUAAAAUGAUGCAAAAUGGGAAUUGGUUUGAUGCUACAAGUGUUCUUAUUAUUCUAUCUAAUUUAUCUGAUCAUGACAAAGAAAGAAAAAGUUUGUGUUUACACAGUUUAGGUUUAAAAUCUGGGUUACUUGUAGAUCAUUGUUUGUGUAAUGCCUUCAUUGACAUGUAUGCUAAAUGUGGCGAUUUGAACUCAUCUGAACGUGUAUUCACUGAGAUGCAUUCGAGAGAUCUUGUUUCUUGGAAUGCUAUCAUAAACGGUUGUCUUUACAAUGACAAUCCUGAGAAGUGUCUUGUAUAUUUCAGAAAGAUGACAUUUUUUGAUGAGUUAGCAGACAAUGUCUCUCUUUCAAGUGCCAUUGCAGCCUCUACUUGUUUGUUUGAGUUUGAAAACGGUCAAGCAAUCCAUGGUUAUGGAAUUAAAUUGGGUUAUAUGGAUAAUACCCAAUCUUCAGUUGCGAAUUCAUUAAUAUCGUUCUAUUCUCAUUUCGGGGAUGUUGAUGCUGCAGAAACUAUUUUCAGACGAAUGAGUUUUAAGGAUAUGGUUUCGUGGAAUUCGAUUAUUGAUGGAUUUGCUUCAAAUGGAAAUGUCUGGAAAGUGAUUGAGAUUAUGUCUGAAAUGUCUAGACCUGAUGAGGUAACUAUACUCACUAUAAUUCCUCUUUGUGCUGAAUAUAUACUUUUGAGAGAAGGAAAAUCGGUACAUGCUUACUCAAUUAGGAGAGAUUUUUCAUUAUGUUCAUCUGUUAUCAAUAAUCUGAUGGAUAUGUACUCCAAAUGCGACGAGAUUAACGCUGCUGAGCUCUUAUUUAACUCGACGAGUGCGAAAGACUUGGUUUCGUAUAAUACUAUGAUGUUUGGAUAUUCUAUGAACGGGGUUAGUAAGAAAGCUCAUAUGUUAUUUAAAGAACUUCUUUGGUUGAAGCCUGAAUUCAGUAUUUCAACUGCUCUGGCUAUUCUUUCUUCCUGCAAUUCCUCGGAAUUUCGUGAAUUUGGAAAAUCGAGCCAUUCUUGGCUGUUAAAGGUGGGAUUUUUACGCGACAUUCAUGUAUUGAAUUCAUUGAUGUCUAUGUAUGUUAAUACAGGAGAUUUGAGUUUGGCUAUUUCAGUCUUUUCUAGAAAUUAUGAUAUUAUGGAUACAGCUUCUUGGAAUACAAUUCUUGCAGGGUACAUUUGUAAUUUUCGAUUCGAGGAAACGCUGACAACUUUCAAUAAAAUGAGGAGAGAGUCGCGUUUUGGGCUUGAUUCGAUUACUCUAGUGAACGUUAUCUCAGCUUGUGGGAAUCGUGAAUCGGUGAUUGAGGGACAGGUAAUUCACGGGCUGGUUUUUAAAACUCGGGCAGGUGUGGAUACCCGUGUUCAAAACGGGUUGAUUACAAUGUAUGGAAGAUUGGGAGAAAUUGACAAUGCGGAGUUAGUUUUUAUGUUGUUCGAGAACCACAAUUUGAGUUCGUGGAAUUAUUUGGUUUCUGCAUUUUCUCGUAACGAGAGAGGUAAAAGGGCGUUAGAACUAUUUCGUGUUAUGGAUUUCGAACCGAACGAAGUCACUAUCGCAAGCGCUCUCUCGGCUUGUAGUCAGAUAGGUUUCUCGAGACACGGUAAGGAAAUUCACGGGAGAGUUAUUCGAGUCGGAUUCGAUAAGAAUCCGUUUGUUCAUUCGGGUCUAGUUGACAUGUAUAGCAAUUGUGGGAUGUUGGAAAACGCAAAACAAGUGUUUCGAAUUAUUCCCAAGAAGUCGGUUUCGGCUUGGAAUUCGAUGAUAUCAGGUUACGGGUUUCAUGGGGAUGGUUUUAAGGCGAUGGAGUUGUUCGAUGAAAUGAUUAGGUUUGGUUUGAGUCCGACUAGUUGUACUUUUACUAAUCUUUUGUCGGUUUGUGGUCAUCUCGGGCUUAUUAACGAAGGAUGUUUUUAUUAUGAUAAAAUGUUGGAUGAGUUCGGGAUUGAACCUCAAACGGAACAUAAAGUUUGCAUUGUCGAUAUGCUUGGUCGAAAUGGGAUGCUUAUAGAAGCUUAUGAAUUUAUGAAAGGAAUGGGAACUAUACCCGAGGCGGGUAUAUGGGGUGCGCUAUUGAGUUCUUGCGGUUAUCAUGAGGAUGUUGAGAUGGGUAAGGAAGUUGCGAAAGUGUUAUUUAGGUUAGAACCGAAGAACAUUUCGAAUUAUGUUUGUCUCUUUAAUAUGUAUGUUGGUGCGGGUAGAUGGUUUGAGGCGGAUGAACUAAGACGGAUAAUGGAUGAUCUUCGAGUAAGGAAACCGGCUGGUCAUAGUCUUAUCGAUGUUGGUAUGGGAUGAAAGAUCUUGAGUUGGUUGGAUAAUUUGAAUUAGAGUUGUAACUAAAAAUAUUGUUAUGAUUUUAUUAGGAUUGAAAUUGAAUUAACAUGUUUAGAAAAAUGUAAAAUAGGGUAAUAUGAUCAUUUUAUUUGUUGAUUUGAUUGCAUGAUGAAAUAAUGUAUAUUUGUUAUUAAUUCAAGAACAAAUAAGAAUUUAGUGCUAAUUAAAAAACUAAAGAAGA